CGACUUUAUUCAUUCUGGCAGCUGGACUGGCCAGACUGGAGAGAAUGGCCACAACGAACACACCAUCCAGCGUUGAACAACGAAGGCGUACAUCUUGGCGUAAGCGCUUGCAACAGGGGUUGCAAAGCCCUCAAGGCCUCGUACCCCCCUCCCUCAGACCAAAGUUGCCUGCUGUGACGAUGGGUCCCUCUCUCGCCAAAUUUGGUGCCCCGGUUUAUUUUCCCCCCAUAUAAUAAACCCAUGGGCAACCAUGGACGCCCCGAACAUCGUAUUUGGCUCACUAGGCCUUCCGGGCCUUGUCGCGACCGUAGAAACCUGCGUGAGAGG